CGCUGCUCUGUGGAUUUGCUGAUUAUUUCCCGAAAAUUUGCCUCUUUUUUUUUCUUUCUUUGUUUCUUUCUUUCACUGCGAGUUUUAUUCAGCGGGACUGAGGAGAUAUUUCUGAGCCAGAGGAUGCUCCCACAGGUCAUUCGGAUUCUGUAUGUCUUGUCUUUCUGCUUUUUCCAAGGAGGCUUUAUCAGACUGAGCUCCUGUAAGGAGGAGAUAAAGCCCCCCGGCAGGGCAGGACCUCAGCUGUCGCCUUCAGACUUCCUGGACAAGCUCAUGGGGAAGACGUCAGGAUAUGAUGCCCGCAUCAGACCCAACUUCAAAGGUACAGUGCACACCGAGGAAGACCAUCGCAGUAGCCCUCAAGAAAACCCAGUAGAGAGCACAAACUUCGGUCCACCUGUGAAUGUCACUUGUAAUAUUUUCAUCAACAGCUUUGGCUCCAUCACAGAAACAACAAUGGACUACAGGCUCAAUGUGUUCCUACGGCAAAAAUGGAAUGACCCUCGCCUGGCGUACAGCGAAUACCCAGAUGACUCCCUCGAUCUGGAUCCGUCCAUGUUGGACUCUAUCUGGAAGCCCGAUUUAUUCUUCGCGAACGAGAAAGGAGCCAAUUUCCACGAGGUCACCACCGAUAACAAGCUGCUUCGGAUCUUCCAAGAUGGCAGCGUCCUGUACAGCAUCAGGCUGACUCUAACCCUGUCCUGCCCUAUGGACUUGAAGAAUUUCCCAAUGGACAUUCAGACCUGUACCAUGCAGCUUGAAAGCUUUGGUUACACCAUGAACGACUUGAUCUUCGAGUGGCUGUCUGAGAACCCCGUUCAGGUGGCUGACGAUCUCACCCUCCCCCAGUUUGUGCUUAAAGAGGAGAAGGAUUUGGGCUACUGCACUAAGUAUUACAACACAGGUAAAUUCACCUGCAUCGAGGUGAAGUUCCACCUGGAGCGUCAGAUGGGCUACUACCUGAUCCAGAUGUACAUCCCUUCCCUCCUCAUCGUCAUCCUCUCAUGGGUGUCAUUCUGGAUAAACAUGGACGCCGCGCCGGCCAGAGUGGGUCUGGGCAUCACCACCGUGCUGACGAUGACCACGCAGAGCUCCGGUUCAAGAGCCUCGCUGCCCAAGGUGUCCUACGUGAAGGCCAUUGACAUCUGGAUGGCGGUAUGCCUCCUGUUUGUGUUUGCUGCCCUGCUGGAGUACGCAGCGGUAAACUUUGUCUCAAGGCAGCACAAGGAGUUCAUCAGGCUGAGGAAAAAGCAGCGGCAGCAAAGAAUAGUAAGUGCGAUUGCCAGUCAGCCGGGGAGUGUUGAGUCAUUGCGGAAAGUGAAUGACAUCCCGGGUAACAACUCAACCUACAGGAAUAUGAAUCAGCACUGCGGCGCCUGUGCCAGGGAGGAGGAACUGGUGAGGGAGAGCCGCGGUUUUUACUUCCGGGGUUACGGACUGGGUCACUGCCUGCAGACCAAGGAUGGAACCGCCGUGGAAGCCGCCACCGUGUUCGCCCCCCCUCCUCCUCCUCCGGUCACCAUGUACGACGGAGAGGUACUCCACAAGCGCUUCGUGGACCGGGCCAAGCGCAUUGACACCAUAUCCAGAGCCGUCUUCCCUUUGAGCUUCCUGAUAUUCAACAUCUUCUACUGGAUCACCUAUAAAGUGCUGCGACACGAGGACAUCCAUGCAAAUUUGUAAAAGGCUCUCCGCCUGCCCUAGUUCUUUUUUUCUUCUUCUCUCUCAGAACCAAAACUGCCUGUCAGAUCUACAUUACAAUGAGGAAAUGUGUCGAGAGGCGUUAUCUGCUUCUUAAAAGGAAAAAAAAAAAAAAAAAAAAAAACGUCGCUAAGAAACUUUGUGCUCAGGUGCGUCUUCGGGAUCUCAGACGAAGAGCGAUUAAGCCGAGAGACAAGGUUAAGCUGCGCUGGGGUUCAGGCUGGUGUUGUUUGUGAUUUGCCCUCUCUGGUUUCUGUCUUGGUUUGACCCGUGCGGAUUACAACGGAGACAAAAACACUGCUGGUACUUGUGGGUUUGUGACGUUUGUUUGAGAUAAUGAGAGUUCAGAGAAGUCGAUGUUGAUCCUGGCUGGAAGAGACAUACUGACUUGAAUUUUGACACUGCGUAUCUUCGAAUGAAUGUUUUUGAAAAAAACAAGAUAAUGGGUUUUUUUUACACCUUUAACUUAUCCGAUAGGUGCCAAUGGGUGCAGGGGGAGGGAGGGGCGGUUCUUUGAUAUUUAUUAAUAUUCAA